ACGGGAUGGGACAGUGACAGGUUUUUAUUUUUUUUUAUUUAAGAUUUGUGUCAUUGUUUUUAUAAUUGGAAGAAUGGCCGCCCGAAAUCCAGGAACGGAGUUGGAUCUUGCAUGGGUUGAUUCCGUAAGGGUCAACAAACCUGCUGUUUUUAAAAGAGCAAAUGAAAUCAGAACAAGGAGAGCAGUGAAGAAGAAUUAUCAGGUUGCAUGGUUGUUGAAGGCAGCAACCUGCAUUGACCUGACGACACUCUCCGGAGAUGACACAAUCACCAACGUUCAGAGGCUUUGCUUCAAGGCCAAGAAUCCAAUUAGAAGGGAUCUAAUGGAAGCUGUACAGAUGCAACACAGAGGUCUGACUGUAGGAGCUAUUUGCGUGUACCCAUCCAGAGUAUCUGAUGCUGUGAAUGCACUGAAACAGGCUGGUGCCCCCCAGGUCCCUGUAGCUUCAGUUGCGACGGGUUUUCCUGCUGGUCAAACACCCUUCAAGACGAGGCUGGCCGAGAUCCAGAUGGCAGUUUCCGACGGUGCAAGGGAGAUAGACAUAGUCAUCAACAGAGCAUAUGCCUUGGCUGGAAACUGGAAAGGUGUCUAUGAUGAAGUAAGAGCGUUUCGGGAAGCUUGCGGUGAAGCACAUCUGAAGACCAUCCUUGCUACCGGUGAACUGGGUUCCUUGGUCAACGUUUAUAAGGCUAGCCUUGUAUGCAUGAUGGCAGGCUCGGAUUUCAUCAAAACAUCAACAGGAAAGGAAGGAGUCAAUGCCAUACUGCCUGUUGGUCUGGUGAUGGUCAGGGCUAUCAGAGAUUACUAUCAUAAAACAGGAUAUAAGGUUGGUUUCAAGCCGGCCGGAGGCAUCCGAACAGCGAAGGAUUCAUGUUCCUGGCUCGCCCUCAUGAAGGAAGAGCUCGGAAACGAUUGGCUGACCCCAGAACUCUUCCGCAUCGGUGCGAGCUCACUCCUUGGUGACAUAGAGAGACAGAUAUACCACAAUGUGACAGGACGGUACGCUGCUGCCAACGAACUUGCUAUGGCAUGAACUGAAAUUCCAAUCCAGGUCCUGGUUUCAUGAAGCUUAUCAGCAUGAAAUGUUUGAAUUCGGUAACAAAUUUAUACUCUGCCAAGUAAGUGGGAUCCUUACGGUAGCUUGUCCUGUGCCAUUUGUAUAGAUUUGUGAAACCAGGGCCUUGUACUAUUUGUAAAUUAUAUUUAGAAAGGUUUUAAGAAGAUACUACAAAUAGGAGUGAUGUUUCACAAAGCUGGUUGUAGAAUUAUGCAUGACUUACCGCAAGACUGGAACAUGUUCUUAAGUGCUAAGCCAGUUACAUAGGGACAUAUUAUAAACUCUUUGCCCGCUUUUUUCAACUAGAGUCGCGUACAGCAGACUGCCAACUUCGACUCAAGUCUAUUGUUCAUACACAACAUGCACAUUAGUGAUGUGUGCAUCGCGUUGUACUGUGUACACACAAAGCUUUUCUUUACAAUAAACCAAUCAAAAGCUAUUGUGAGGUGGAUUAGCAUAAUCCAUGCAAACCCCUCUUACGGUUGCACCUUGAAAUAAAUGUGGCGCAGGAGUGAUUCUGUCCAUGGCGGGCAAAGAGUUGAGAACAAGGAAGGAUCACGAGUCAUGUGCGUAACUUACGAACAGUUUUAUGAAACACACCUGGGGUCCGUCACACAAAGUUUAGCAAUCAUUGUAUAACAUUUUUUUUACGAUUGAUUGCAUUGACUACAAUGUACAAUCAAUUGUGAAAAUCAAGUGUAUGAUUAAUCACUAACCUUUGUGUUAGGGGACCAGGGGGCCAUAGCACGAAGCUGUUCGUAAGUUAAGAGCGACUUUUAGAAUGACUGGUGAUUCUUUCUUACGCGCUAAAUUAUUGCCAAUGAACAUUUAAUGGUGAAUAUUAUAUACCACAAGAAAGGAUCACCAGUCGUUCUCAAAGUCACUCUUAUGAACAACUUUUUGAUAUGGCCCCCUGGUCUGGUACCCGUUUUAUGAAGAACUUUACAAUUUUUUGCUAUUAUGAUAACUACCCAUGGAAAGAUUAGAUGGCUCAGCAGCCAAUUAAAAUCAAGUAUUUCAUGGUAGUUUCAAUCGCAAAGUUACCAUAAUCAUGGGCCUUUAUGAAAUGAAAAUAUUAGAAUUGUACUAUUUUCUGACAACCCUUCUCUUGGAUGUCAAUCAUGAUAUUUUUAUCUGAUACAAUCAUUCACUGUAUAAGUGAUAAUUUCGUCUGCAUAAAUUACAUAAAGUCAACCUUCAUGAGGCACAAAAUGCCCAAGUCAGAUAAAUUUCUUUCAGAUUAUGCAAACGGUUACAGGUAAUCUUGCCGGAGUCUUGAUCUUUGGGAGCAUACAAAUCCAUUUGACUUCAGAGAAAUUCCACUUAAAAAGAGGUAUAUAAUAUUUUUUGCGUAAUCUGGUCUAAGAAAUUUCUUUGACUUGAUAAAUGUUUGACUCAUAUUAGCUCAACUAUUUGUUGAAAACAAAUGUGAAUUCUGGCGCAGGUCGAGUGCAGGUUAAAAUGGAGUAAGUACUUCAUUUUGUAUUAGUUCUAACUUUUUCAGAAUUUUUGCUUGCCUUGUGUUUGAAUUUGCUUGUUUUACACAAUGACAGUCACAAAGACAGUCUUGAAUGGCUCUUACAGAAAACUUUAUUCUCUCUGCCAGAGUGAACAUUCUUCUUGUCCAUUAUUUUCAUUUAUGUAUAUUAAACUUCUUGCACAAACCUAGUAUGAAAGGCUAAAUAUUCUUCCGAAUGUAUCCACUCUUGUAUAUAGAGCAUAUUUAGUUUCAGUGGUCAAGUUAUAGCCAUAUUUUUUCAAAAGCAGCAUUUCAGACUAAUCAAGCUCAAGCUCAAAUGACCUCUUUUGAUAAAAUACCUUCUCUGGCAAAUGUUCAACAUUCAUGCAAUUACUAAUAUCUGCUGUUAUCUUUAGUUGUGUGCCACAAGGUCUUAUGCCCAUAAUUUAAAAGCAGCAAGCAUGAAAUGUUUUGUUCAUUUGGCCCAUUAUAUCCAUGUAUAAAUACAAUGUAUACUGUAUACCUCAAGUAACUAACUAGAUUAGAUCAUUUAAAAAAUUAAAAAUAAUUUUCAAUCAUGUACUACAUUACUUUUUCUUGUAAAGAAAACAAUUGCAGUGCAUAUUUUUAAUUUUUUUCUACGAUUUUGAUGAAAUCAUUCAGGGUGAAAAUAUAUGGUUUGUGAAAUAUCAAAUAAAUUUGGUCUUUAUUCUACUA